CUCGCUCACACUCACUCCUUCCCCCGGCAAGAUGGCUGCUCCUAGCUCGGCUCCCCAGCCUGCCCUGUCCCAGGGCGCCGUGCACGGCCCGGUCGUCAAGGUUCACCCCGUGGUCCUGGCCUCCAUCGUGGACAGCUACGAGAGGCGGAAUGAGGGCGCCGCCAGGGUCAUCGGGACUCUGCUGGGUACUGUGGACAAGCACUCUAUGGAGGUUACGAACUGCUUCUCUGUCCCUCACAACGAGUCUGAGGACGAGGUGGCUGUUGACAUGGAAUUUGCCAAGAACAUGUACGAACUUCACAAGAAGGUUUCAUCCACAGAGCAGAUCUUGGGCUGGUACGCCACAGGAAAUGACAUCACAGAACAUUCCGUGCUGAUCCACGAGUAUUACAGCCGUGAAGCCAACAACCCCAUCCAUAUGACAGUGGACACAAGCUUACAGAACGGGCGAAUGAGCAUUAAGGCCUAUAUCAGCACACCAAUGGGUGUUCCUGGAAAAACAAUGGGAGUCAUGUUUACCCCACUUACCGUACAAUAUGUCUAUUACGACACAGAGCGAAUAGGAGUUGACCUGAUAACAAAAACUUGCUUCAAUCCCAACCGUUCCAUUGGGCUGACAUCCGACCUGCAGCAAGUGGGAUCAGCGGGCAAUCGCCUCCAAGAUUCCUUGUCUUCAGUGAUCCAGUAUGCAGAGGAUGUGCUGUCUGGAAAGGUCACUGCUGACAACAACGUUGGACGUUACUUGAUGGAUCUCGUCAACCAAGUACCUAAAAUAUCUCCAGAAGAUUUUGAAUCCAUGCUGAACAGCAAUAUUAAUGAUCUUCUGAUGGUCACCUAUCUGGCUAAUUUGACACAGGCACAGAUCGCCCUGAACGAGAAACUUCUCAAUUUAUAAUGGACUAAAUGAACACAUUUUGCAGCUCUGAGGUUGCUGGUGGCAUAUUGGCCUGUAUUUAAAAGUCGACCCUCAUGGGUUCAUCUCUUUGUAUCAUGUUCACAAAUUUUCCAGAGUUUAUUUCCACCCUAAAUAAAACUUCACUUUGAAAGUAA